GAACCAGCCUAAUUAAGCAUUGUGUUUCCUGUCACAUCACGGGCACACAGAGGUCACGUUGAUGACUAACCCGUCAAUGGGGACAGAAAUUCAGAGACCAUGGCUUACAAGUCCAAGGCGUGGUUGAGAGAAUUAGUGGACGAUGAUAGCUUUUGCCCCGAUUUUCCAGUCAAAUGUUGCGACCGUUUGUACUCCACUCGCUCGGCGUCCACAUAUAUCACUCUUCGACCACUGCAUCUCCUCUCUCAUACACAUAUCUCAACCGCCCCACGGGCAAAUCUUCCCUUCUGAUGGCUACUACAAGCUGCUUGUUCUUGGUGUUUGUCUGGGUGGUAUGGUGGCUGCCAGUGAUGCUCGCGUGGCCCGAGGAGCACCAAGGGGAAGGCUGCUCGGCCAAGAGGUGCGGCCACCUCAAUAUCUCACAACCGUUCUGGCUCCCCGACAUGGAGGCGGGAAGAUCGUGUGGUUCUUUGGAUUUUGAGGUCAAUUGCAAUAGAACUGAAGGUACUCCUACCCCAGUUCUUCGGAGCUCUGGAUUAACCGGCUUUACAAUUCUCAACAUCUCCUACGAGGAAAGCAGUCUGCGCGUCGUUGAUCUACGAAAAGAGCAAGACUUGAACGUCUCCAACGGCUGUAAUUUUCCGAUAUGGAACACCUCCGGCAAACUGGCACCCCCGUUUAAGGUCAGCCCGGCCAACCUGAACCUCGUCUUCUACAACUGCACCAAGGCGUUGGCGCAUCGGGACACGGCGCUGGUGGACUUGAGUUGCGCGGACGCGACCAACGCGUAUGCUCGCGCGGGAGUGCGUUUCGACGAGACGGGAAAGUACGGUGGCUACGCCUUGGAGGGCUGUAAUGCCAUCGUCGUGCCGGUGAUGGGCUCGACGACGACGAGCAAGGUGAGCGCGAGCCACUACAAGCAGCUCAUCAACGGCGGCUUCCUCUUGACAUGGGAGGACCAUCCGACACCUCUCCCUGAACCUGUACCUCUCCCUGCGCCUGCACCUGCACGUAAGUUCACCCGCCGAACCAUCUUUUCAUCGAGUUUCUACUUUGUAGCUAAGCUAGGUCAUUCAGUGUCCAUCGCGUAAAUGCGUACUACUACUACGUGUGACGUGACAGAAACUUCGGUUGUGGCAAGCAGCGGAACUGGUGCUCUGAGUAGGCACGUGGCCAUGUUCAUCAUUACAAGUUCGUUAACAAGUUGAACUGGGGUGUGGUACGGAACAACAAGUGGCUUCUAGGGCCAAGAUCGAUUUUGGUCUCAACUAUGAGCCUCUCUACUAUGCCUAAUCUGGACUCUGAACUUCUGCCUAGCCUCAACUCUGAAGUCGGAACCUCACAACUCACAAGUCUGCACUACGUCUGAAAUUGGCAUCAUGGGCUUGUUCACUGGUGCACUGACAGCCCAGUGGCAAAUUAAUAGGCUAUUUUGAAAUUCGGCCUAAUGUGCCUGUAUUAAUUUUUCUGGGGCAAUCUUGGACCUUUGGUCAUCGUUAACGGUCCAGCUACUAGCGCAGCUUCCCCUAAAAAACUAAGCUACUUGCUCAGCCCAAUAAUCCAUACAUACUUUUUGUUUGUUUUUAAAAUAUUGUUCGAAUUCUUUUGGACUAUAUGGAACACCCAAAACCAACCAUUUUCACAUAUCACAAAAAAGUAUAUAAAUAUUUGUGUAUAAAUAAUUUUAUAUAACAAGUAAAUCUUUUCUUUACUAGUUUCAAACUACUAAUUGAUUUAAAAAAAUGUCAUGAAAUAAAAGAAAUUCAUGCAUGUCAAAAGAGAUAUGUAUGUAUUUUAAGAAAAAAUAUUCAUGUAUUUGUAAACACACUUUCGUGUCUUUAAAAAGAAGUGGGCAUGUACAUUAGAAAAAUGAUCGUUUGUGUGCCCCAAAAGUAAAGUAAAAUAGAUAACUAGAGUGUGGAAAAUAAGGCGGUAGUGCUUUACAAAGAAACGAGGGAAAAUAAUAAAAUAAAUAAGAACCAAAGAAAUAAAAAAAAUUAAAUCAAAGGAAGCCAAUCAGAAAAGGGGCAAAAAUAAAAAUAAAAAAAAUACACCAAAUAAUUAAAUAUGAUAAAACAACGCAAUGAUUGAGUGCCUGAGUGCAUCUGCUAUUCUGGUAGGGCAUCACUCUCCUCCCACACGAAGUGAAAUUAACAUUUUCAUGUAUUGUAGCAAAGGGAAUCCACCGUAAGGCGUAGUCUGUGAUCCGGGUUUCAAGCCUUAGCCAUGCGUCACCAAGCACUUUAUGUUUCAGGUACUCGAACAUAUCCACAUAAACAAUGAAUGUCAAGGCAUAUUGUUUACUACAACGAAAACACUUGGAUAGUAGGUGAUAAAAAAUGUUUAAUUAACAUGAUACUGAUUUAGGAUUCUUUAUUAGGAUGGAUUCUUUAGGUACUCCUUUUAAAUUGGAAAAAUAAAGAAAUCGACCCAAGGAGAAAUUUGCUUUGGAAUUGGAAACAAGGUGAUUGGCUUUUUUGUUGUUGAAGGAAUCCAAUCUUUAGAUUCAAACAUGUUCUGUAGAACAAAUUCUAAAGACUAAAAUCCUAAAAAAUCUGCCUUGCCAAAAAAAAAAAUCCUACGAAAUCUGUUGUGAUUCAUUUUAAUAGAAAAAACACGCAUUCCUACGGAUUUGCUACUUCUAAGGUGUUUGAGAAGUUGAUUUUCAAAUGCUAAUGUUAGAAAAAAAAAGUGUAGCCUAGGUGUAGAAAUGGACAAUCGAAGGUUGGAGUUUUUUUUUAAUUUUGUUUGAUAAUAUUACAUGCCAAUUGCGAAGGUUGCUUUUUUUUAGCAAAAGAGGGUUUCCCCUCCGAUUUCCAUUAGAGAAACCAUCAAGUAUCCGACAGGUUACAGUUCAUAAACUGAUCCUAUUACAGCCCAGACAAAGAUCAAAGCGAAGACAAGCAAGGAAAUAAAAACAGGGGAGGCCACUGUCUAACAAUAGGCACUCGAACUACUUCUAAACAGUUUUGCUUAGCAGCACACCCAGGCAUCAGCAUCUUGAUCCGAUUCGCCAAAAGAGAAGACUUCCUUCACUACUGAAUUCGAAGCACGCCAAAACGCCACCCUUGCGUCGCCUUGUAAACAUCACUUGCUACUUGCUCGAUGAGUCUUGCUCUCAGCAUCAACAUUCUUUCCUCUGGGUCCUUUCUCUGCAAAAUAGCCCAAUCAGAAAUCCAACCACACAUCAUUUUCACAAUUUCCAUUGGGUCAGUAAUAUUUUUUUUCUAUCAAAGACAAUAUCAUUUCUACAU